CAAAUCAGCCCCACCAGGAGCAGCAAAAAUGGGGAAAAAACCUGACCCCAAAACCCCCCGGAUUUGGGGUGAAAACCUCGGAUUUUGGGCAAAAAACUUCAGAUUUUGGGGUGAAAACGUCGGAAUUGGGACCAAAGACAUCAGAGUUGGGGUGAAAACGUCGGAAUUUGGGGUGAAAACGUCGGAAUUUGGGGUGAAAACCUCGGAAUUUGGGGUGAAAACCUCGGAUUUGGGGUGAAAACGUCGGAAUUUGGGGUGAAAACCUCGGAUUUGGGGCCGGAGCUGCAGCAGGAAAUGGAAACCGCCCAGGUUGGACCCAAAACCUCCAGAUUUGAGCCCAAAUCUCAGCCACCCCCGGUGCCGUUUUUGGGGUGCCCAUGGAGUUUGUGACGCUGGGGGGGCCGGAGGGGCCCCCCCCGUUCCCGGACGAGGCCGGAGCGUUCCUGGGGCUGCCCGAGGGGCUGGAGCCGGGGGGGCUGCUGGGACCCCUCCCCCCCGCGCCAGGCCGGCUGUCCCUGGUGCCCUGGGCCGAGGGGGGGUCCCUGGGGGGUCCCUGGGGUCCCCCCGCCCCCCCCCCGGAGCCCCCCCGGUUCCUGGAGCUGCUGCAGCCGCCCCGGAGCCCCCCCAGCGCGGGACCCCCCCUGCUGCCCCCCCCGGGGCCCCCGGCCUGCGAGGCGCGCGAGUGCGUGAACUGCGGGGCGACGGCGACGCCGCUGUGGCGCCGGGACGGCACCGGGCACUACCUGUGCAACGCCUGCGGGCUGUACCACCGGCUCAACGGGCACAACCGGCCCCUCAUCCGGCCCAAGAAACGCCUGCUGGUGAGCAAACGCGCCGGCACCGUGUGCAGCAACUGCCAGACCAGCACCACCACGCUGUGGAGGCGCAGCCCCCGCGGGGACCCCGUCUGCAACGCCUGCGGGCUCUACUACAAACUGCACCGGGUGAACCGGCCGCUGACGAUGCGCAAGGACGGCAUCCAGACCCGCAACCGCAAGGUCUCGGCCAAGGGCAAGAAGCGGCGCCAGGGGGGGGGCGCCGGCCCCGGGGGGGUCCCCGAAACCUCGGCGGGGCCCCCCCUGCCCCCCCCCGCGCCCCCCCAGCCGCCCCCCGAGGACCCGGCCUCGCUCUUCGCCCUGGGGCCGCUGGUGCUGUCCGGGCACCUCCUGCCCUUCCCCGGCCCCGCCGGGCCCUUCCUGGGCGGCGAAUUCGGGGCCGCCCCCGGCGCGGCGCCCCCCGGGCUCAGCCCGCAGCUCUAACGGGGGGGGUCCCAGUACAGUUCGGUACCGACAGAGCC